GGAGAAAGAUCUGGACGAGGUCCUGCAGACGCACACGGUGUUUGUCAAUGUUUCCAAGGGCCAGGUGGCGAAGAAGGAAGAUCUCGUUCAGGCGUUCGGGACGGACGACCAGACAGAAAUCUGUAAGAUGAUCUUAUCAAAGGGGGAGCUGCAGGUAUCGGACAAAGAGCGACACACACAGCUGGAGCAGAUGUUUAGAGACAUUGCGACUAUUGUGGCUGACAAAUGUGUGAAUCCUGAAACCAAGAGGCCGUACACCGUAAUCCUUAUAGAAAGAGCCAUGAAGGAUAUUCACUACUCGGUCAAGCCACACAAGAGCACGAAGCAGCAGGCGCUGGAGGUGAUCAGGCAGUUAAAGGAGACGAUGCAAAUUGAACGUGCUCACAUGAGGCUGCGGUUUAUUCUGCCGGCGAAGGAGGGGAAGAAGCUGAAAGAGAAGCUCAAGCCACUGAUCAAAGUUAUGGAGAAUGAAGAGUUCCAUGAACAGUUGGAAAUGGUGUGCCUUAUUGACCCAGGCUGCUUCAGAGAGAUUGAUGAGCUGAUCCGGAGUGAGACAAAAGGGAAGGGAACUCUGGAAGUGCUCAGUCUGAAAGACGUGGAGGAAGGAGAUGAAAAGCUCGAAUAAGGAAACCUUCUUGGAGCAGUUCUGCUUCAGCAACAUCCUGCAGACAACUGGUGUCAGCCACGCUCUUCUGUUAGGCCUUCAUGUUUUUUUCCAGUCCCUUGCUGCCAAAUAUUUUCUGACACUAAUCCUUUGGGAUUUUUCCACGCAGUGUGGUUUUUGAUCACUUUACACUCACUUGGUUUACAGACGGGUUUGCCUGUAGGAACAUUGUGUGGCAGAGUUGCACUAAUGAGGACUGAGCUGAG